CUCAAACCAAUUAAAAUAACUUUAAAAAAUAAUUUAUCAUAUUGUAGAUAAUUAAUUUAAUAAUUGAAAUUAAUAUUUUGAUAAUUCUGUGGAAAAAAUGAAAUUUACCAAGUUGGGUAUAAUUAGUUGGAUUUAAUGGCUGAGGGGCUUGGUUCUCAGGUUUUUGAGGGUAUUUCUCCAGAUUUUAUACCUUUGGAUUCUGAGUACUCUGCAACCGUACAUUCCAGUGCCAGGCAUAAGACUCAGAAAGAGCUUGAGAAGGAGGAAAUUCUCCGGAAACUACAGGGUCUAGUAUCUGGAGAUCGUUUGUUCUUCAAAAAAUCAACCUUAGGACAACAAGUUUCAAACCCGGAAAUCCCAACCACAAAUGACUUUGUAGAGUCAAAACUAGUCUACUGGAUCUACGAUAAAAUGUCAAUUUACCUCCUAAUCAACAUUGAUCCUUACGGGAAAUUAAGAUUCACAUACGGUGACUUGUACCAAAUGGCAGUCUCACAUGAUUUAUUCUUCCACAAGCUGGAGACCAGAUUUGUCAAGAACAUCAAAUCAGAUCAUUCCACGGGAUAUAAACGUGUGGACACAGUGAAAUCACAGUUGAAUUUGGAUACAAUUGACAUUCUGAGACCUGAAUCUGAGAAAAAAUCGAUAAAUUAUGACAUUAAGAGUAGGCCAACUCCUGCCGGCGUUGAGUCAUUUUGCAAGUGCAAAUUCAGUAAUAAAACUGAUUUCAUUAAAAAACUACGCCUACUAAUCAAAACUUCAAAGAGUAAAUUCAUGGACAAAACUGCAGAAAUGAAGGAGCUGAGGCUAAUAACUUCACAAAAUAUUAGAACCUAUGAAUUGGAGAUAGUUGGAUACAUAAUGGACGAGAAUCCGUGGAAUUAUAGUACAAAUCCCUGGGAAGAGCCUGAGGAUGGAAAGAAGAUGGAAAUUGUGGAAAUGUACAAAAAAGCCGUAAAUGAUCCGACAUAUAAAGAUUUAUACCGGCAAUGGCUCAGUAAAUGCAAACUUUUAAUUAACCAAACGGGAACAUCUAUCCAGAAAAUUAAAUAAUUUAAUCUCACAAAUUAUUCAAUAAAUUAUAUAAUAAACAAUU